AUGAAGACUCCAUCAUUUACCUCCUUGGCUGUGGUAGCCAGUGCCCUCGUUUCAACCGUUUCCGCUGCUGAUUUGGACCCCAUUGUCAUCAAGGGGAGCAAAUUCUUUUUCAAAAGUAAUGGAACACAAUUCUUUAUGAGAGGUGUUGCCUACCAAGGCUCUGUCACAAACUCUAGUGCAACUGAUACUUUUGUGGAUCCGUUGGCAGAUGCCGAUGGCUGCAAGAGAGAUGUCCCAUUGCUUGAAGAGCUUGGUACCAACGUCAUUCGUGUCUACGCCAUCGACACUACUGCCGAUCACACAGAAUGCAUGCAAUUGCUUAAUGAUGCUGGCAUCUAUGUUGUGAGCGAUUUGAGUGAGCCAAGUCAAUCUAUCAACCGUGACUCUCCAGUUUGGGACGACACGCUCUACACACGCUACACCUCAGUUAUUGACGCUUUAGCCAAUCAUACCAACGUUCUUGGCUUCUUUGCCGGUAACGAGGUCUCUAAUAAUGCUUCCAACACUAAUGCUUCCCCUUUCGUCAAGGCAGCCGUGCGCGACAUGAAGCAAUACAUUAGCAGUUCGGGCUAUCGCGAUAUUCCUGUCGGAUAUGCAACCAACGACGACGCUGGUAUUCGCACACAACUGGCAGAUUAUUUCAACUGUGGAGAUGCCAGUGAUAGUGUGGAUUUCUGGGGUUACAACAUCUACUCUUGGUGCGGCGAUAGCUCAUACACCGAGUCUGGUUAUGAUGUUCGCACAACUGAGUUUGAAACCUACAAUGUCCCCUCUUUCUUUGCCGAGUACGGUUGUAAUGAGGUUCAACCACGUCCCUUUACUGAAGUUGAAGCUAUCUACGGCAAGAACAUGACAUCUGUCUGGUCUGGUGGUAUCGUUUACAUGUAUUUCGAGGAGACAAACAAUUAUGGUCUUGUCACCAUCGAAUCUAACGGCGAUGCUAAGACUUUGACCGACUUUAACAACCUCAAGACUGAGCUUGCAAAGGUCACCCCUACCGGCGUUGAGAUGGCAUCUUACACUCCAACCAACACUGCUGCCCGCUCGUGCCCCACUAGCGAUGCUGAUUGGUCCGCUGCCACUGAUCUCCCACCUACACCCAACAAGGAACUUUGCACUUGCAUGUUGUCUUCUUUGAGUUGUGUCGCUGCUUCUUCGGUUAAGGACACAGACGCAGCUGAUCUUUUCAGUUACAUCUGUGGAGAUGCUGGUAUUGACUGCGCUGGUAUCAUUGCCAACGGAACUACUGGUGUAUACGGCGCAUAUUCUAUGUGCAGUCCUCUUGAGCGCUUGGCAUGGGCCAUGAACGCAUAUUAUGAGGAGAACUCAUCUUCAUCUGACUCUUGCAGUUUCAGUGGGAGUGGGACUACCCAGGUUGCUGCUACUGCUACGGGUAGCUGUUCAACUCUUCUCUCGGAAGCUGGUGGAACUGCUGGUACUGGAACUGUUACUUCAUUGCCUUCAUCUACUGCCAAGACUACAUCAUCUACAUCAUCCGAUGCUAAUGCUGCAGGCUCUGUCUCUGCUCCUACCGUCUCUGUCGGCGCUUUCAAGAUUGGCGCCUCUAUGCUUGUCGCCAUGCUUGGUGGUGUUGCUUUGGUUCUCGUUUAA